AUGAUCGCGACCAACAUGAUCAAGGAUGUGCGAGUCCCUCUCAAGUCGGGUGGAGCAACUACAUGUCGAGGAUGUCAACAAGGGAAAAUGGUCCAAAAACCAUUUCCAAGCAACCGAGACAAGCGCAGCUACGAUACGUUUGAGCUGCUUCAUCUGGACAUCUGCGGGCCCAUGGAAAAGGAUUCGCUCGGUGGCAGCAAAUAUUUGCUGCUGAUCAUCGACGAAGCCAGUGGAUGCAUGAAGGGCUUUUGUCUACGAGUGAAGUCCGAGAGUGAAGACUACAUCCGGAAAUAUAUCACCAUGGUACAGACGCAAUUCUUUAAGAAGGUCAAGUUCGUGCGACACGACGGAGCUCGCGAGUUUGCAACCAACUUGCUUCAACUGUUCUACGAAGACGAAGGCAUUGAACAGCAGACAACGGUGCCGUAUGCACGUCAAACAAACGGAACAGCAGAGCGUGCCAUUAGGACUAUUGUCACGAUCGGCUGCAGCAUGCUUCAUCAUGCCAAACUGGACAAGUGUUUCUGGGCCGAAGCAGCGAUGACGACCAUCUACGUCAAGAAUCGACUGCCGUCACCUAAAGUCGUGCACAAGACCCCGUUUGAGAUCGUCUACAACUUGAAACCAAGCGUCAAGCACAUGCGAACAUUCGGGUGUCAGACAUACAUACUGACGCCUAAAGAGAAUCGACUCAAGUGGGAUCCAAAGGCUCGCGCUGGCAUAUUCGUGGGCUACGAAUAA